CCCUCCCUACCCGCCGCUCCUUCGCUCCCCCAUGUACUACGGCUCGGUCUCGCAGAGUCGGAGGCUCUUGCUACUUCUCGCGGUCGUCUUUCUUUGCGUGCUUCCCCUGUUCUUCAAGGAUGUGUUGGUGGAGAAGUACCAGGAGGGCGGGUGGAGGUCGUAUCUCCCGGACGACAUCCAGGAUGCCGUGCUGCCGGACUUGCUGGCGCCUGCACUCGAGCCCGUCGUGUUCGCGUUCAUGAUAUGGUCCCGGGGGUCGGCAGAGGAGGGCGCACAGCUGAUCAAGUCUAUCUUGCUUUACAACAGUAACCCCACGGAAAUCCACAUCGUCUGCGGUGAGGACGAGAGGGUAUACCUUGAGAGUCGCUUGAGCCUUGUCACUUCCCCUCAACAUGAUGUCCGCGUUGUCUUCUAUCCCGUCACAUUGCAAGAAAUGCUGGACCGCAUAGAACGCGAAGGCGCUAUCAAGACAGACCAUGAAGCCGGGACGCCCGGCCUCAUGAAGCUCUUCCUCCACGAAAUCAUGCCCACCGUCAAGAAAGCCAUCUACGUCGACACCGACGCGCUCUUCAUCUCCGACCCCACCAUCCUCUGGCGCAUUUUCGACACCUUCCGCCCCUCGACCGCCAUCGCCAUGGGCUACCACCCCGAGCAGAUGGCCGCCGCCUGGCACUACGCCUCGCGCAUCUGCUCCUGCAUCAUGCUCCUCGACUUCGAGAAGCUGCGCGACAUGCGACUCAUGGACUCACGCCUCUACGACGAUGGGAAGCCCGCGCUCUCGCCACCUGCAUUCCGUGCGAUGUACGGGGAGCCCGCGGGCCCGGAUGGACGCUAUGAUAAUGUGAAGCUCGGCGACCAAGGCUUCUGGUGGGCGAUUGUGGACCAUAGGCCGGAUCUGUUCGAGCCGCUGAGCUUCGACUUCGAGGUGUCGAGCUGCUUAGUGGAGACGUAUGGUACCGGACUUCACGGAAAGGAUGACAUGACGGAGGAAGAGGAGAUGCGGAGUAUGCUGCAUCUUGGCGGCACGCCGCAAGAGGGCAAACCAGUCCGCCCCAAACUCCUCCACUUCAACUGCCUGCGCGCGGAGACCUACAUGGAAUGGGACGGCUGGAACGACCCCAACGACGUGCUUAACCGCAAGUGGGGCGCGGCGGUCCGCUACCACAACGGCUACAAGUGGUCAUGGCUCAACUGGGGCACGCGGGAGCCGCACCAACGCCCUGCCACCGUCGAAUUUUUGACUGUGCCCAAGAUCGAAUUUUACGACGAGCUGGUUCACCGGGGCCAGCAAAUGCAUCGACGCCGGCACCAUUGAGGCGUCGCUGAAAGGUCUACUAAUACUACUGACGCUUGACAACACCCUAACCGUCGAACCGCCUUACCGUCAACGUUACCACUCGGUCGGAUGCUACUACUAGCACCGCUCCCAACGUCGUCUAUCGUGCCGCCGCGACUGACCGCGCGGGCCACUGGGUGCACUACCUUACCAUCUCCAUCGGGUGCACUAUCCCACCCAUCACCUACACUACGCCGCAUUGCCUACGCCUUAGUUGACCUCUCGUCUGGCAACUGUAUCAUAUCGCUUUGAAUAAGGACACCAGGGUAUUUAUUGAGCUGGUAGAAACUCGGAUAAUGAAACUUGGCUAAUCUUC